AUGUCAAAAACACCAGACUUUGUAUUAUGUAUGUACAGAUUCAACCAAGAUUGCCUCGAAAAUCUUUUUAGGCAAUUUCGUAACCAAAAUGGAAAUAAUGUGAUUCCUACACCCAUACAAUUUCUUUGGAGUUUUAAAAAAAUUUUCUUCCUCAACUAUUUUAAACAUUCAGAAGGAUCCAAGUACUUAGAUGACAUGGCUGAAGUUUUAACUACUAUUGGAUACAUUACUCCUCCACUUAACAAUUCAUCUGUGGUGUUCCCAGAAAAAACUCAAUUUGAUUUUUCUAAUUUGCAAGUUGGUACCACAGAUUAUCGUGAACUAAGCUUUCCUGCUCAAAAUGCCAAUACCUAUGUUUGUGGCUAUUUAAUAAAAAAAUGUUUUGAAAAGCACAGUUGUGAUUUAUGUGUAAAUUAUGCUAAGCAACAGCAACAGUUAGACCAAUCAUUUUUAUUUAUUUACUAG